UCCGGUGAACGGUGAGGACCAGCAAUUCGUGCUCUUCCGAAAUUCACCAUAUCAGUCAACAUUUCCCUGGUUGACCGGUAGCAACUCUUGCACCAUGACCGCAUGCAAACUCUAGGAAUCGCUAUUAAUAAGGCACCUUACGACCUACAGAUCUGGUAGUAGACAUGGGUCUCUUUCUCGCUGUAAAACCAACUAUACACAACACAAAUUCCAUCGCUGCACCUACUCCCACACAAAACUCUAAAUCAUGCGUCUCUCCCGCAUCCUAUCCACAUAAUCCUCCCUCACUUUGUGCCUUACCCAAACAAUCCAAAACCCUACAAACCUCCAAGCCCCAGCCCUUGUUAUAGACCCCCAAACAAACACCACGGUAAGUCAAUGCUGGAAACUUGUCGCGCCAUUCAAACGCUCCUCCACCCCAGCACAACCAACACACUUGUGGCCACCAUAUCGAAUAGCAAAAACCUCCCUUACACCAUUCUAACACAUCCUUACGAUGACGGUCUACACCAUGCGCCUGUACCGCAGCCCGCGCACUUUCUUUCCGGAGUAGCUCACGUGACGUCGCCACAGGACGAGAAGGUGGAUUUGUGGAUUUUAGGAGAGAAGGCGGGUUUGUUGUUUGCUGUUGAUACGGUGGGGAUCGGUCAUGCUACGCACUAUCCGUCAGAUCUGGAAACAAUUGCUAUUGUAGCGCCCUUUGUGGAGGGGAGUUUCGCGGAACAUGAUGUUGUUGCGAGUGAGGGGCCGUGUUCAGCAAUGUAGACAUUCGUGUAGUCGGGAUUGAGACUUCUGAGGUAAAACGGAGUUGGGCGUAGAGAUACGCGCCGCCAAAGUUACAUAGGGGGGAGUCAAUGACAAUGGCUAUGCCUAGGAACGACGGUAGUAGGAACCCCGGGGUAUCGCCCUAGCCACUGUGGAUCUAGAUGUCUGGCACAUUCCAAAGUCUAUCAAGGCUGAGCGAACUGUCCUUUGGAUUUAACAACUCAAUAAAAUUUUCCUUCACCAAGUGCGACCGAAGAGUCGAAAUUGGUCCAUGUGCAAAGGACUUGUAGUGAAUAUGCUGCAUAAUGACGAUAACAUCAUAUAGUAACGCUAAAAAGUCAUUGCCCCAACAGAGCAAUUCGGGGAGGAAAACCUACCGUGUUACAUGGAGCGCGUUGAGAUACUGUAAGAUGUACAGAUAGAAACGGCACUGCGCCAAGGGGCACAAUACAAGCCGUCUGCCGAGGAAAUCGAGGUCAAGCGUAAAAGAG